UCUCUUUUGCUCGCAGUUUCCCGCUUUGCCUCACUUUAUUCCUAGUUUUUGGGGAGUUUUGUUCCUUGAUUUCGACUUCAUUCCUAGCGUAAAGUAAUGGGUUCCUCAUGAUUUUGCCUGUGAACCCAUUCAAUCCCCGGAUCAGUUGAUCGUAAGGACGAAAACCCAGCUGCAGGUUUGCUUGUUCUUCUUUUGACUGAUUCGAGACUUCGGAAAUUGGUGGAAAAUGAAAGAUGGGUUGGGCUUUGAUUCCACUGUUUUGUUUUCUUCUACCGUCUCUCCCAUGAUUUUUUCUGAGCCAGUAGACAGGUUUUUUUUUUUGUUGUUUACCGAGAGGAACAAAAAUGGUAGUUUUUAAAUGUUUGCAUAACGGGAUCCCUUUUAAUGGCAACGGUUAUCAGAUUAACAUGAAACUCGGGGGAAGGAAACAUAACCUACCACUUGCAUUGUUCAAUUUCCCAAAGCCAGGGAUUUCAUUUUCGUCCUAGAUUUGCAGAAAGGAUCAUUUAUGUCUUUGGCAAUUUUUUCCAGAUCAGGGCAGCAGAGCAAGUGAGGAGGGGGGAAAUGGCGUCGUAAUUAAACCACCGGAUCAAUCUACUUCCCCUCCAUUACCUUAUCGGAAGCUGCCUGCACAACUUUGUGAACUGCGUUCACUCAACUUUACUCCUGGCAUUGAAAAUGACUCGGAGUUUGUAGGUACACUUACCAUUUCCCUGUCUCUAUCUUCCUCUUUUGAUGGUUCUUUGUUAGAGAGAAGAGUUGGGAAUGGGGACCAUGAAUGCCAGCAGCAAAAGAUCCAAAAACUUCGCUUUUAAACUCUCCCAGUUGGGGGAAGAGUAGCUUCAACAGUUCUUUGGCUUGGUGUUGAAGCAAUUCGUCUGGUUUUUGUGGGUUAUGAUUGGAUUGACAAUGGCAAUUGAUGAAUGUUGAAGGAUUAACCCUUGGGUUAGUUGGAUAAUGACGGUGAUUAACUUCUUAUUUACAGUCAGUUUGGGUGGUGAAGGAAGGGAGCAAUGGAUUGCAAUGCCUUUAGCGACAAUGCUGCAGCUUUACCUAUAACAACUUAAAACCAUCUUGCUUUGCGGGGAAAGAGUAGCUAAACUUGUGGCUAAAAAAAUGGGGUCAAUUGGAGCUGAAAGCUCACCGAAGAUGGAGAAGAUGCAAAUGGCGGCGAGCACACGAGAAGAGAAGAUUCUUGUCUUGGUGAGACUCAGACCUUUGAGUGACAAGGAGAUCAUGGGAGAUGAAGUUUCAGAUUGGGAAUGUAUUAAUGAUACUACUGUCUUGUACCGGAAUACCCUCCGUGAAGGCUCCACGUUUCCCUCGGCCUACACUUUUGAUAGAGUAUUUCGGGGUGAUUGUACAACGAGGCAAGUGUACGAGGAUGGACCCAGAGAAGUGGCCCUUUCAGUUGUUAGUGGCAUCAAUGCAAGCAUAUUUGCUUAUGGUCAAACAAGCAGUGGAAAGACGUAUACAAUGAAUGGUAUCACUGAGUAUACAGUAUCUGACAUAUUCGACUAUAUAAACAAGCAUGAAGAAAGAGCCUUUGUUCUGAAGUUCUCAGCAAUUGAGAUAUACAAUGAGGCUAUCAGAGAUCUCCUAAGCACAGAUAACACUUCACUUAGACUCCUAGAUGAUCCAGAGAAAGGGACUGUGGUAGAGAAAGCCACUGAAGAGACUCUAAGGGACUGGAACCAUCUAAAGGAGCUCCUAUCAGUUUGUGAAACUCAAAGACAGAUAGGGGAGACCUUUUUGAAUGAGAAAAGCUCCAGAUCACAUCAAAUCCUUAGAUUGACAAUUGAAAGUUCUUCUCGUGAGUUCUUAGGCAAAGAAAACUCGACCACCCUUUCAGCCACUGUGAAUUUUGUCGACUUGGCAGGGAGUGAACGUGCAUCUCAGGCAUUGUCUUCUGGGGCAAGAUUAAAGGAAGGAUGCCACAUUAACCGCAGUUUACUGACUUUGAGUACUGUUAUUCGUAAGCUAAGUAAGGGGAGAAAUGGACACAUCAACUACAGAGAUUCAAAACUGACUAGGUUGCUUCAACCAGCUUUAGGUGGCAACGCUAGAACUGCCAUCAUCUGCACAUUGAGCCCAUCAAGGAGUCAUGUGGAGCAAACUAGAAACACGCUACUAUUUGCUUGUUGUGCUAAAGAAGUCACUACGAAAGCACAAGUUAAUGUUGUCAUGUCCGAUAAGGCUUUGGUCAAGCAUCUGCAGAAAGAGUUGGCUAGAUUGGAGAGUGAACUGAGAAGUCCUUCCCCCGCUUCAUCAACUAACGAUCAUACAACGUUACUGAGAAAGAAAGACCUUCAGAUUCAAAAGAUGGAGAAAGAAAUCAGGGAGCUGACUAAGCAACGCGAUCUUGCUGAAUCUCGUAUUCAGGAUUUGCUCCAAAUGAUUGGUCAAGAUCAAAAUUCAAGAAGAACGAGUGAGAUUAGUCAGAAUCCAGAUCAACAAGAAAGGCGUAGAUGGGAAGAAGAUGAAUGUUCAGUGUCAGAAUCAUACCCCCCUACUUAUGGCGGCGGUGCAAGAAGAGUAUACGGAACCCAUUUUGAUGGUGACAGAGGGAGCCAUCUACAGGACAGUGGUCUUGAUGAUGAUGAUGAUUCUGAUGCCACUUCUUCACUCGUCCCAUUUGGGAAGAAGAUUGCCAGAUCAAAUUCUCGCCAGAGCCUUGCGAUUAUUGAUGAUGAUGAUGAUGAUGAUGAUGAGUACUGCAAAGAAGUACAGUGUAUUGAAAUGGAGGAGACGAGGCAAAACAAUCCUGAACACCAUCCGUCAUCAAUCUCACAUGGUGGAAGUGAAGGACAAGCUGCAGUCAGGGUAGAGCAGGAAGUACCAACUCAAGGAAUCGGAGAUAGAGAAGCACAACACUCGCAGAGUAAUGGAUUUACAAACGAAGCAAUGGAACAAAGGCUGCAUCUUGUUAAUGGGUCAAGUUCUAUAAGCACGAAAUUAGGGAGGAGCCGGAGCUCGAAAGAGAACCCCACAAUUGGUGACAGCACGCCUCCCAAUGGGUUGGAGAGGAAGUAUGCUGGGCGACCAGAGAGCGUCAGGAGAAGGUUUCCAUCCAUGUUGUAUGACACCGAUGCUGCAAGACUGACAAGAAGUGAUUCUCAGUCAUCUAUCGAGAGUGCUGCAACAGUUGAGACUCAGGGUGUAGCAACUGCAGAUGAGGAUAUUCCAACAGUUGAAACUUUUGUUGCUGGACUGAAGGAAAUGGCCAAGCAGGAGUAUGAAAAACAGCUUGUCAACCAGACUCUAGGGGAUGAAAAGAAGAAGACUAACGUCAAGGACAUUGGAUUGGAUGCUAUGCUCGAUGAACUAACAACUCCUGAUUCACCACUGAAGUUUGAGAGACAGCAGAGAACUAUUAUCGAACUCUGGCAUACUUGCAAUGUCUCAUUGGUUCACAGGACGUACUUCUUCUUGCUCUUUAAAGGCGAUCCAUUGGAUUCGAUAUAUCUCGAGGUGGAGCUAAGGAGGCUCUCCUUCCUUAAGGAAACAUUUUCUCAUGCAAACCAUACGGGAGGCCAUACUCUCACACUGGCCUCAAGCAUAAAGGCGCUUCAUAGAGAGAGAGUGAUGCUGAGCAAGCUGAUGCAGAGGAGGUUGUCUGGAGACGAAAGGAACAGGCUAUAUCAGAAAUGGGGUAUUGGGUUGAACUCAAAGCGAAGAAAGCUUCAGUUGGUCAACCGACUGUGGGGCAACACGAAAGACGUAGACCACAUCACAGAGAGUGCAGCCAUUGUUGCAAAGCUGGUGAGCUUUGCAGAGCAAGGACAGGCACUCAAGGAGAUGUUUGGGCUGAGUUUCACACCUCCAAGCACAACAAGAACGAACUCCCUGGGCUGGACUUACAGCAAGUCUUCUCUUUUGUAGUAGCGGAUCAUGACUAGAGUAUUACAGGUCGAGUGUGAUUUGGGUUUUCCCCCAUUUUUUGAUUUUUGUAUGGAGUGAUGGGUGAUGUUUGAAACAAGAGUGAAGAUUGAAGAGUGUAAAUUCUAAUGUGUAGUAGUUUGAUUGACUAUAGAGUAGAUUUUCUGGUGGGGAAUGAAUGUAUUGGCUUCUGAUUUACAGUACAAGAAUCCAUAUCUUUUGAGACUUGAGAUUCUGCAGUCUGCGAAAGCUGGUUGUUUCAUGGGGACUGUAACUACAGAAUUUUUAGCUACUGAAGUGAAACCAUUAUCAAAAGCUGUUACUUCUUUCGCAAACUAAAAAUGAAUACAAGAGUAGUUCGGUUAUCCAUGUGACACGAACUAUUGAAUCUAGAGUACAAAGUACCAGGAUCCUUUGAAUACAAAAACCAGACGAAGAGUAAUGCUGAUUGAGAGACAUUAAGCUUAGAAGACAACUGUGUCAAGCAUGGUGCCGAGAGUCUGGAUGAUGUUGGACGACAUCAGAUUAGAAACGUGUUCUUCAAGGUGCUUUUUGGCAUCUUGUCGUCCCACAUUUGCAAUAGCAAGCUUCUCAGGUGGAAGCUCGUCUUCUUCUUGCACUGCCUUGUUAUACUUGACUGCUAAGUUCAACAUCUCCUGAACAGUCUGCUCAUUGGUUUUUGAAUGACCAUCAAACCGCCUGAGAGUCAAUCCAUCAGUCCAUUUCUUCUUGUGCAAGUUGAGAAGCAUUUUCUCCUCAAGUUCAUUUUUCCGGUAGUUAAUGGCAAUUGAAUAGUAAUGCCUAUUCAGUCCAUGGAUCAACGCCUGAAUGGAUGGUUUGUUGAGAUUCCCAAGAUUGGAAGUUGUUUGCCUGGGUUCUUGACCGAGCAUCAUCGUCUGAGGGUUGAUGAGACGGAAGGCAUCAAUCACGACCUUCCCUCUCACACUUUGAAUAGGAUCCACCACAACAGCAACUGCCCGUUGAUUUAAAGCUUCAAAACUCUGCCAUGUGUUAAUAUCAACACCAGAGAGCCAGCAUCCAAAUCCUGGAUGAGAAUGGUACCAUCCAACAACCAUCUCCGGCCUCCCAGUCUGCUUGAGCAUAUCGAGCAUGUUAGUCUGGAAAACAUGGUCGACAGCUUCAACACUGACGCCAGUACCACUCUGCGGCAUCGCAAAGACGUCCACGACACGAACAGUAUAGUCGUCCACAAACUCUCCAAGCAUCAGACCCAUGACCUCCAUGGGAACUCCAGCUCUUCCUUGUUUAAGCAUCUUCAGAAGGGCGAGCGAUGAAAUAUAGACCUGCUCCGACGAGUCAACGGCGGGGCCAUCGGUCGGGGGAUGCCCGAACCCGCCGCCGGCGCCGCCAAGCAUCCGCUGGAGUCUCUCGAUUCCGGCCAUCUUCAAGUUUCCGAUGCAGUGAAGCAAAAGCAAGAAUCCGGAGAGAAAUAGAGCAAGAAAGAGAAAAUACAGUGAGUAAGCGGACGUUAUUAUCAAGGGCUAUCUGGCCCAAGCUAGCGAAAAAACAAGACACUGAGUUUUCGGGUCCUUGAGCCCAUGAAAAGCAUUCUGGCCCAAGUUUGUUGGCCUUUCAUAUGAUUCCUCUGUUUGGUGUCAUCUCCAGCUCUCAGAGGAAGGAGCAGACGCUCGAUCAAUUGACGGAGAGAGAGACGAAGAUAUGAGUGUGGCGUCAACGGCGGCGUACGCUGCUCGGCGGGCAGCGCAGCGGGAGCGGGUUCGGAUCCUCUACCGGAAGGCUCUGAAGGACACUCUGAACUGGGCAGUCCACCGUCACCUCUUCUACGAAGAUGCUGAUAAUCUUCGGGCGAGGUUUGAGGUGAAUAGAGGAGUGGAAGAUCCUGACACAAUUGAUAGGCUCAUUGCUGAUGGUGAGGCACAAUACAAUAAGUGGCGGCAUCCUGAUCCUUACAUAGUUCCAUGGGCUCCUGGUGGUUCUAAGUUCACUCGAAACCCAACUCCGCCUGAAGGGAUUGAGAUCGUCUACAAUUAUGGCCGAGAAGAUAAUGACUGAAACCUGCCUCUUUUCCAGUGCAAUAAUAAAGAUAGGGUUGAUCCAUGAACGCUGGGGAAGAUUAAGACUCGGUCCCCAGUUUGGUUGAUUCAUAUGAGGGUCACGCAGCUGUCUUUGUGCUUUUUGUUUCCUGAUAAAAUGUGGUUUGGGGAACAUGGGCAGAAUGUUUGAAUGAAAUGAUCAAGCCUUAAAUGCCGAAGGACUUGUGACACAUUUAAUUUUAUUCCUAUUCCAGUCACCAUGCCCUGUAGACAAUACCGCGGUCUGGGUGUUUGUUUGAUAUGAAUGUGGGAAUGGCCAUUCAAACCCUUGUUCAAUCUUUAUGCUGCAGCCACCAUGAUUUCUUCCUCGAAGGUGGCAGCAUCGGUCUGCCACCAACUUAGUGAAUUGUACUCUGUGGCUUAGGCGUCGAAUAUGAUAUCAGCUGGGGAGUCGCCAUCGAACGGCUGGUUGCUCGUGCUCCUAAUCCGGUAGGUCAACCGGCUAGUUUCUGAAACCAAGUGUUGACUACGACUACAGAGAAUGGCAACUUGGUGUAUAACAAACGCUAUGGAUCCAUCGACCGUUGUAACAAAUUUAUAAUCACAAAGUUUAUUGACAACUUGGUGUAUAACAAACGGUUUGGAACCAUUGACCACUCGGUUGAGUGUAAGAAGUCACAAUGACAAA